CACACACACACACACACACACACAGAAUGCAAAAUAAUGGCCAGUGUUUUAACUGCUGUAUAAAAACACUGUCAAGAGUUUCUCCUUUCUAAUAAUCAGCAACAAUAUUUCAAAAUUUGUUCCAGGACAUCAUUCAUUUUCAGAUUUUUGGUUCCACUUUAUAUUAGGUGGCCUUAACUACUAUGUACUUGCAUCAAAAAUAAGUAAAUGUACCUGUUGUGUUCAUAUUGUAUUGUAAAACACUUUUGCUGCUAUUAAGGUGGGAUACAGGUAAGGUUAGACACUGGUUUGGUGGUAUGGGUAGGUUUAAGCGUGGGUUAAAGUGUGAGGGAUGGGUCAACAAUGUAACUAUAAAUGUAAUUACAGUAAUUACAGAAAUUAAUUCUAGAUGCAAUUACAUGCAGGUAUUUUAAAUAUAAAUACAAUGUAAAAACAUGUAUGUACACAAUAUUUUAAAUGUAAGUAUAUAGUAGUUAAGGCCACCUCAUAUAAAGUGGGACCAGAUUUUCUUUUUAGCCAAAUUUAGCAAACAAUCAUUUUAACCAGUGUUAGCUACACACUUUUACACAGUCAAGAUAAGAUGACUUAAAAUUAUUUAAGUUUUAUUGUCUUUUUAUUAGCCCUUAUUUAUUUUUUAUGUCUGAUGUAUUUUCUAUUUUAUACAUUUCUGGACUGUACGUAGGCCUUGUCAAGAAAGCUUUGCUGUGAAUGAGAUAGAUAGACAGAUAGAUAGAUUGGCAAGUAGUUUUGUUGUUCUUUCAAACAUAGCUAAAUCUCACUGUUUGUUUUAAUUUAGAUGUUUAGAUUUUUGGUGGAACACAUACAUAAAAAACUUACGAAGCGAUUUUGCAGUCUUUAUAGAUAUUAUUCCCCAUGAGAACAUUGCAGGGCUCAUUAUGAUGUCUGUGAGAGUGAGACCCUCUGGACUGUCCGCAGUAGAGAUGGAGGGAAGUUUUCAAGACGAGGAUUUCCGACGCCAUUGUGACGUCAGCAGCGCCUCUUUAUUCACCGCCGACCGCAGCAGCCGCAACAAAUGAACAUCCCUGAAUCAUUUAAUACUUUGUAACUGCGUUGAAACUUCGAGCAUGCGUAUCCGAAAAGCGUUUUUGUUCCGCGAAAGCGUGAGAAAACCCAGCAUCUUACAAGAGAUGUGAAAGUUUUUGUUGGAUUAAAGUUAGUCGCCGCAAACUAACAAAGCCGACCAGAGAAAGUUACCACUGCUGGACUAUAGCGGGAUAUCGCCUGGCCUGGAGAACCGUUUGUCAACAUGUCUGUCCAGUCCUGGGUGCCCUACAGCCUCCCAUAAUGAACAGCUCUAAGAAUGGGACAGCAGUGGCUAACUCCACUAAUGGCCUGGAUGAUGACGGGCCCGUGGUUCUGGAGUCUGUCUCUAUCAUCAUCAUAGCCAUAUUGGCAUGUCUGGGGAAUCUGGUCAUUGUGGUGACGCUAUAUAAGAAACCAUACUUAAUGACACCCAGUAACAAGUUUGUCUUCAGCCUGACUUUGUCCAAUUUGCUGCUGUCUGUCCUAACGCUGCCCUUCGUUGCGACCAGCUCGGUGCGUCGGGAUUGGAUGUUUGGAGUGGUGUGGUGUAACUUCACAGCACUGCUCCAUCUACUUGUCAGCUCAUCCAGCAUGCUUACACUGGGAGCCAUUGCCAUUGACAGGUAUUACGCCGUUUUAUAUCCCAUGAUCUACCCCAUGAAAAUCACGGGAAACCGAGCUGCGGUUGCCAUUGUUUACGUGUGGCUCCACUCCCUGGUCGGAUGCCUGCCGCCGCUUUUCGGUUGGUCCGCGUUUGAGUUUGACCGCUUCAAGUGGACCUGCACAGCAGCUUGGCACAAGGAGAUCAGCUAUACCGCCUUCUGGAUUACGUGGUGCUGCCUUCUGCCACUGGCGGCCAUGCUGGUCUGCUAUGGCGUCAUCUUCCGUGUGGCCCGCAUCAAAGCUCGCAAGGUUUACUGCGGUAGUGUGGUGGUGGCUCAGGAGGAGUCCAGUUCUCAAAAGAAUGGCCGCAAGAAUUCUAACACGUCCACGUCUUCUAGCGGAAGCCGCAAGAGCCUGGUCUACUCUGGGAGCCAAUGCAAGGCCUUCGUCACCAUUCUGGUGGUUCUGGGAACUUUUCUGACCACGUGGGGUCCGUAUGUGGUGGUUAUCAGCACUGAAGCAAUGUGGGGUAAAGACAGUGUUUCUUCACAGAUGGAGACACUUGUCUCCUGGCUGUCCUUCACCAGUGCAGUGUGUCAUCCGCUUAUUUAUGGGCUGUGGAACAAGACCGUACGUAAGGAGCUGUUGGGCAUGUGCUUUGGCGAUCGGUACUACAGAGAGUCUUUUGUUAUACGCCAUCGGACCUCUCGUCUCUUUAGCAUCUCUAACCGAAUAACAGAUUUGGGAAUGUCUCCUCACCUGACGGCCAUGUUAGUGGGUGGUGGGCAUCUCCUGGGACGUGGCAGCAGCACAGGAGACACUGGCUUCAGCUACACCCAGGACUCAGCUACAGACGUCAUGCUGUUGGACAGCUACACCUCAGAGCCCUCCCACUCAGCCCACUGUGCUGCCAAUAAGAGAAGAAGUUCUGUUACAUUUGAGGACCAAGUGGAUCAGAUUCCUAAAGGUGACCCAUCAGUAGUCCAAGUGACGGCAGACAUCCACAAGUCUUUGGACAGCUUUGCGUCCUCUCUGGCCAAGGCUAUAGAAAACGACGCCAAGCUUCAACUCUUUGGGGAAUGGACUCAAAUUCCAACAAGUCUGUUCACAGUACGAAACACGCAGCGAGCUCCCCGUUACCUGGAUGGACAGAGACUCAGGAUGGAAAGCAUCGAUGAAGGAAUAGUUAAAGACGACGAUGAUGAUGACAAUGAUGAAGAACAUGAGGAAAAAAUAGGUGACAGUUCCAUGUAGGUCUUUGACAUCUUAAUGGACCAGAUUGUGUAAUAUGCAGCUUUUUGAAGGUACAGAACAUUAAAGGAACACACAAUGUAAAUGUUUACAGAUACACAGUGAUUUAUGUGUAAUUCACAUACUAGGUAAAGAAAGUAUACUUGAUUAUUUUAGCUAGCAACUGCUGCUACUUGCCUCGGUGAGACCAAAGACCCACAAUGAUGGCUGUACCUGCAAAGCACAAGGUACUAGAAGCCCUACUGUCACUCACCAGAAUAAGUUAUGUUUUUGUAACAUAAAAGUUAUUGUAAAGCCCUCGUAUAUUGUCAGGUAUUUUGCCUGUGUUGGGUACUGUGUGUAUUAUGUUUACUCUUUUCUUAUAAGGAAACUGUAACCACUACAUUUUAUACGUCCUGACUGUUUGUAAGAAUGAUUAUCCUAGAGCUCCUCUCCACCUUUUUAAGUUCAGGUCUUAAUAUAUUCAGUUGUUAUUAGAAAAUAUACCAAAUGUCAUAGGGGUUAUAUUGAUGUGGACAAAAAGAAACAUCGCCUGACAAAAGAUUUUUUCAGGCAUUGAUUUAACAUCAGAGAAUCAUGUAAAUGAGAGAGAGAUAUUGGGCAUAAAAAAAGGUAAGAUACCUUUUAAAAUGCUGUUUUAUCCAUAGUCCUUGGUGGAAAAUCUGAUUAAAAUGUUUUGACUGAAUGUAAUGGUGCGAGAAAGCAUCUGCAGUGUCAUGACUAAAGUCGUUGGUACAAUUGCACUUGAAAAUUUUAUGUUUGAUCAGUGGCUAUUCACAUCUGUUUUUGUUCCUACUGUUUUGUUUAGCAUACUCUGAAAAUGUACUCAAGGAUUAAUCAUUCCUGUGGAAUCUUCUUUUUUUUUUUGCAUAUACCAAUAUUAAUAGGCUUCUUCAUCAGUGGCAGCAAUGCUUCUGGUUGCAUUAUUUGUUUGCUAUCCAUAGCACAUAAA